UUCUUUUCUUCCACUGUCUAGACUUCGCUGUGGCUCAAUUCUGCAUCUUGACAACUCCUUUGUCGUCGCUCUCUCUCUAAACUAGACAGAACUAAACUAGCCAUUUGUGCACACUUUUUCAGUUAAUUUCUUGGCGGAUGUCAGCCACUUGUAUAUUUGACGUCUGAAUUGUAAUAUAUCGAUUAACAAUGGCGGAGAUGGGGGCGGCCACUGAAGUUUACCCGCCUCCUCGGACAAUACAAGUCUGGAAAACGCUAUUAAACUGGCUCGCCUUCUUCUUCCAGAUCUUCUCUCAGAUCCUCAGAGGCACCCCUCAGGUCCUCUCUUAUGUUGGCCUGCGCCAUAGCUCCUUCCUCUCUUCGACUCCUCAAGCGCCUCCGCAGUUCAAGCCUUUGCCGGUAGUUGAGUUGGCUGAGUUUGAAGGCGAAUCCCAAGAGACUCCGUGUACACCUCCCGCCGGUGUUGGAGGGAGAGUGAAAGAUGCUCCGCCUUUUGAGAAGCUAAAGGUGGUUCUUGACUUGGACGAAACUCUGGUAUGUGCAUAUGAAACAUUGAGUUUGCCUGCUAUAAUACGUGCUCAAGCAACAGAAGCUGGUUUGAAGUGGUUUGAACUGGAAUGCAUCUCUUCUGACAAGGAUGUUGAAGGCAAACCUAAGAUCAACUAUGUGACGGUGUUUGAACGUCCUGGACUGAAAGAAUUUCUAAAACUUCUAAGUGAAUUUGCAGAUCUUGUCUUAUUUACUGCGGGACUUGAAGGAUAUGCUAGACCUCUUGUUGACAGAAUAGAUGUUGACAAUUUAUUCACCCAUAGACUUUAUCGGCCUUCGACAAUUAGUACUGAAUAUCGUGAACAUGUGAAAGACCUUUCAUGCAUAUCAAAGGAUCUAAGCCGAGUUGUUAUUGUUGAUAACAACCCAUUCAGCUUCUUGUUGCAACCAUUGAAUGGAAUUCCAUGCAUUCCAUUUUCUGCUGGACAACCAUGCGACGAACAGCUUUUGGAAGUCAUCCUUCCACUUCUCAAGCAUCUUUCUCAGCAAAAGGACGUAAGACCUAUUCUGUAUGAAAGAUUCCAUAUGCCAGAAUGGUUUCAAAAGAAUGGAAUCCCUGCUUUGAGAUGGACAACCGUAUGAUAAAAUUGUUGACUAGUGUGUAUUUUUCUCAACAUAUAAUUAUUCUUUUCCUAAGGCAGUCUCCCUAAGCCAUAGCCACAAAUUUUUGUAUAGCAUUAUUCUGCACAGGUAAACACAGCUGAAAUUCCAAGUACUCUAGUCUUAAAAGUAUGAUCCUUGUGCAAUGCUUAUAAAUUAUAAGUUCCAACCUUAUUGGAUGUCUGUAAUUUCCAUUUUUGUAUAUCGAAUGCAAAACAGUAUUUUGUUUUACAUAUAUGAUAAAACUGCUUGUGUACUAA